AUGACUUUGGGUGUACCUGGCGGCAGCCCAGCCUUCUGGGCCCCUACCAAUGCCCCCGUGGCGACCAAACGCAUCGCCAAUGCGCGCUUAAACGCCUCCCUCCUCUUCAAGCUAGCCAAGAAGGCCAAAGCCGUCGCCAUUCUGAGCGAGUGGCCUCUUGCCGUCUUCCCCGAGAUGAAGCCGGCCCCCAAGGCCAAUGGCCACGCGCCCGACCAGGCCGCCCACCCCGACAUCCGCUUGCUGCCCGAGGUUGAGAUUCUACGACUGGAUAGCAGGAACGAGAACCCCCACCGCCAGGACGACGUCCAAGACCGCAAAGUUGUCGCCCUCCGAGUCCUCAAGAAGUACGGCCUGCACAAGCGCCUCAAGACAAUGCACAUUGACACCUCGGAGUCGACCUUCCUCGCCGCACACCCAUGGGAUAUUGAGAAAAUCUUCAAGGCCGUCCCCACAAUCUCGGUCUUCACUGCCCUUCGUCGCCUCGCGAUUAGCGCCGACAACAUCUACUAUCCGUCCCUGUUCCCGCGUGUGCUCCUCCGUGACGGCAAUACGGGCAACGAGCACGGUCACCGUCGGCUGAUCAACUUCCUCCCUCGCAGCGUCGAGUCCCUCGAGGAUCUGGGCAUCGGGGCCACCCACGCCACGGAGUCAGUUGUUCUUCGCGGCCAGGACGAGGAAUGGUGCAUGUUACAGUCCAUCAACCAGUGCAACUACCCCGUACCGACAGUGGAGGGCGAGGAUAUCUUCGACGACUGGGUUGUUAUGCGGAGGCCGGCGUUGAGUACGCCUUCGACAUGCGAGUACUUCAUCUACCAAUACGUCGGGAACUGGCACAAGGGUCCGGAGGAUGGUAUGGAGCAGUGAGAAGGAGGGCCUAUCGGAGGGCACCUCGAGUGGCUCAACCUUCGGGCACAUAUUACUGAUUUGCAGUUCUAGGGUGGAUCAGCGUUAUUGUUGCCACUAUGGUUCGCGUUGCUUUUCGUCAUAGGGGUGGGUCAUUGGACGCUUGCAUUUCCAAGACGCCUGUGAGCCAUCGACGGCCCAACGUCUAGUUAGCAAGGACUCAACAACCC